AUGGGCACCCGGCAGACCAAGGGCGGCCUGGCGGACAGGGCCCCCGGCGCGGCGCCCGCCGCUCGCCGCGAGCGGCCCGACUUCUGGGCGUCGCUGCUGCCGCGCGCCGGGGACAAGGCGGGGCCGCCCCCCUACCACCGGCGCGUGGGCAUGGCCCGGGAGCUGCUGCGGAUGGUGCGCCAGGGCCGGCGGGACGAGGCCGGGUCGCUGCUGCAGCACCUGCGCCAGGACCUGGGCAUGGAGUCGACCUCGCUGGAUGACGUGCUGUACCGCUACGCCAGCUUCCGGAACCUGGUGGACCCCAUCACCCACGACCUCAUCAUCAGCCUGGCUCGCUACAUCCACUGCCCCAAGCCGGAAGGCGAUGCCCUGGGCGCCAUGGAGAAGCUGUGCCGGCAGCUGGCAUACCACCUCAGCCCCCACUCCCAGUGGAGGCGGCACCGGGGGCUGGUGAAGAGGAAGCCACAGGCCUGCCUCAAGGCUGUCCUGGCUGGAAGCCCUCUGGACAACACGGUGGACCUGUCGGGCAUCCCGCUGACCUCCCGCGACCUGGAGCGGGUGAGCAGCUACCUGCAGCGCUGUGGGGAGCAGGUGGACAGCGUGGAGCUGGGCUUCACGGGCCUCACCGAUGACAUGGUCCUCCAGCUGCUGCCGGCACUCAGCACGCUGCCCCGCCUCACCACGCUGGCCCUCAACGGCAACCGGCUGACCCGAGCGCUGCUGCGUGACCUCACCGACACCCUCAAGGACCCCAGCAAGUUCCCCAACGUCACGUGGAUUGACCUGGGCAACAACGUGGACAUCUUCUCCUUGCCCCAGCCCUUCCUGCUCAGCCUGCGCAAGCGCUCCCCGAAGCAGGGCCACCUCCCCACCAUCUUGGAGCUGGGCGAGAGCCCCGGCUGUGUAGAGGAGGCUUGGGAUGGAACAGUGGGCCAGGAGGACCCUGCAGGGGACCAUGAGGCCCCCCAUAAAGACCUUGAGGACAGGGAACCUGUAGGUCCAGCUCAGACGUGA